AAGCGGGCGAAGGAAUGACGGGGGAGAGUGGGCACUGCAGCUUCCCUUGACGCUACGGAGUUUUCGCAGCCGCGCGGCCAACCCCUCCCUCCCACUCACCCAGCGCGGCGUUUUCCUAUAUAAUAACAUGCCGCCCACUAAAACAACAUGGCGGCCUCGCUCUCUGGCCCCGGGCUGUAGGCGGCGCAGCGGCUCUGCGGGGUUUUGUGGCGAAGAAGCCCUGGCGGGGGGAGAUCUCCGCCUGUGCCGCCUCACAACUCCCGUCUGCGGCUCCUCCCUCGCCAACUGAAGGGAAGUGUGUGGGGGGAGAGAAAGAAACCAACGAGCGGGGGUGUCCGCGCCUCAGGCUGCCGCCACGUCUCGCGGGCCCCCGCUCCUUUUCCCUUUUUCUUUUUUGUUUCUUCCGCGCCGGCUCCUCCAACCGCCGCCUCUGCUGAUUCCGGGGGCGGCCUAGAGAGGUCGCCGUUGCUCUGAGAGCGGCUGGCACAGGAGCCGAGUGAAGGGAGACCGCGCCGAGAGAGGGAGCUGGCGGCUUGUGGGCGGUAGCGGGGUGGCGGCGGCGGCGGCGCGAAAGAGGGACAGGGGCGUCGUGUGAAGAAGAAGCGCCGCUUGCGGGCAGCCAACAAAUUCCUCCUGAGGCGGCGAUACGGAGGGAAGCUAAGGGGGCAGACUGGGGAGAGAGCCAUAGCUUUGAGGCGGGCGAGGAGCGGGGCGUCAUCGUCUUCGUCGUGGAUGUGCCUCUGAGGUAAAAGAGGUUGCCUGAGGUAAAAAUAAAAAAAAGCCGGCGAGGAGGAGGGGACAGACGGAGGCGAUCAGGACACAUGGCGGCAGCGGCAGCAGCAGCCCCGGGGCUGGUUUGACAGAGAGGCGCGCUGCUGCUGCUGCUGCUGCCUGCGAGGGAGAGAGGAUGUCGCUGCAGCCUUCAGAAGCCAACUCGGAGCUCCUCUCGCCCGCCGCCGGCGACAAGCGGCUGUUGCUGGGCUGCAGCGCGGAGGAGGGAGAGAGAGCGGAUUCCCCGGCGGAGGCGGCGGGAUCAGAGCAGGACGAGAGGGCGGCGGCGCUGGCGGCUGCGGAGGAGGAGGAGGAAGGAGGAGGAGGAGGAGAGAAGAAACUGCCUCCGCAGCUGACGGAGCCCAGGGCAGCUUCUGGGGUAUGUAUGCAUUCUGUGUUUGUAUAUACCAGCUCCUGGUUCUUCCUAGCGGUCUGCUGCAGCAAAACAGCGGCUCCUUAAUAAAGGCUGGCAGACUGAUUGCGGCAAGGCUAGUAAAGGCUUUCAUGGACCACCACCAGCGCCUGAGAUGCUCUUUUAAGGGAUGCUGGAAAGCUUCUCCCGUCCACAGAUGCUUCGUUGCUGAGCUCACCAGGAGAUGCUGGGAUGAAUGGCUCGGCUUCAAUUCCCGUGAAAAAGCAGCUUAAGGCCAAAUCUUUCCUGGUGAUAAUGGAAAGCAAAGGGCAUGAAAUUCACGGGAGGUUUUGUUUCUUUUCCUCCCACCCUCUCAGGUGUACACAUAAUAUACAUGUUGACUGGUUUCACUAAUGUAACAGCACCCAGUGAUUGGCAUCAAUGGGGUUUGGGGGGGGUGGAGGGAGGGGGUUCUUAUAAACUUAUCCAUAGAGAAGUAGCUGGUAUUUAACGGUCCUGCCAUUUUUGGCUACAUUGUCGGAACAAUUAGCGUGCUGAAUGGGACAGAUUGCGUAGGCGUGGUUUCCAGGAUUUCUCUGUUCUGGCACGGAAUAAGAUCCCAACACGUUGUUUUUCGUUUUAAAUCAAGGCCGUUAUAACAUCGAUGUAUCAACAAAUUAUUAGCAUGAAUAUAGUUUAAAUAUCUGUAAGUCCAGUGAAUAAGUAUCAAGGAAGAUUUUGUCAAGACUGUUUGGGAGGAAAGGGGACUGCAGGGGAUAAUUGAGUUCAGGGGGACACUUUAAGGGGAGCAAGGAUUUUGCUAUACAUACACAUUAAAUAUAAAUACACUGUGAAUGAAAGCUUGAGGUCAUUAAGCAGGUAGCAGGACAAAUUGGGGGAGCACCCAACACCCUUUGAAAGUAACUCCAGGGGGUUGUGUUUUGAACUGGUGUGUACCAUUCCAACGGGGCACAAUUAUGGUAUGUACUCGUAUUUAGAAUGCAUUAAUGCUUAUAGCAUUCUCACCAUUUAACCUUAAUUUCUCAGCUAUAGUUUCUCUCAUAGUUUGAUAGCUUUGAGAGACUGGAGAUUGCUUUUGGAGAAUGCAAUUAUAAAGUAAACAGUUAAGCAACAAAUGAAUGCUUAGAAUUGCCUAACUAGAAACAAAAUCAUUGGUCGAAUCUUGGGGGGUUGAUAAAUCCAGGUUAAAAAUGUGCCUAAGAAGGGCCUGAAAUGUUCCCCAAGAUCUUCCAUGCAUUAAAUGACAUCUAGCCACAUUUCCAUAGACUGAUUAUACUGCAUCACAAACAGUGAAUGAGGCACCCCAUACUUAUUGGGGUAAGAAAUACAUGAUCCACUGGAUCUUAAAUGCACACCUGUCAAAAAAUGUUAACAGCAACAAAGGGGGGGCAAAAGGAAAGGUAAGUAGACACUUUUUAGAGAAGGAGAAGGUUAUCUUUCUAUUAUGCAUCACUCAUUUGUGUUCAAAAAGCUACACGAAUCUCCCUCACUUGAAUGGUAGAGUGGGAGGGAGUGCUCAGCACCUAGAACUUUUUCAGAAUGACUAAAACAAAACUUUUUAGAAGUGCAAAAUGGCACAUGCAUGAAGAAAAGUUGUUAACCAAUGAUGGGCACUGAUAUUUUGGCAGCCUCGUUCUGUGGAAGAUUUAUGAUCCCAAUAGAAUCACUAGCUUAUGGAAUAACAUCCUGUAUCAGUGUCAGAAUAUUGUGGUUUAUUGCUGAGAACUUUACUUCCUUCCAACAGAUGCCCUACAAGGUGGAAAGGCAUGUGGAUCUUCACAGCAAUUGAGUGACAGUGUCUAGAUUGCCAAAUCUAACUGAGCACAUUAUGAUACUGCAGAAGAGCCUGUUCUAAAUAUCUUAAUAGGCCAAAAGGCUCAUUUGAGGAGAAUUUGAAAAGCUAUAUUCCAUGUAUCCAUGGCCCCUGUGCUGCAAGGCAGCAAAUCUCAUUCUGCUUCCUGCUUUCUGUUGUUCUCCUACUAGUGGAAAGUGCAAUUUGCCAUCUGGAGAAAAAAGCAGCAGGGGGUAAGAGUCACUCACCAGCCCUUCAGCUAAUACUAAGCAUCCUUUUUCUUCCUAGCAAAUAAUUCUAGAACAUUCACAGUAAAUGUAGACCAGGGUAGAAAAUUAUAAUCAAGCACAUUUGUGGGGAUGAUGACUCAAGUCCUAAUUGUGUGAAAGUCUUUUGUAAACUCAGAUUGAAGUUAAGUGCCUAAAAAUUAAGAACAUAAGUUGCCUGCUCAGAUCAGGCCAGUGGCAUUUCUAAUCUAGCAUCUUGUUCUCACAGUCGCCAAUUGAAGGCCAAAUUAACUGCACCAUCCCAAGAGGCCAAUAUUGCGGCUAGAUUCUUAACAUUUGAGGCCAACUGUAACUUUUAAAAGAUGUUUUAUGCUAAUGGUUUUCAGAAUGUUUUCACUCUGUUUUUGUUUCAUUUUUAAAUUCUGGAUGUGUUUGCCCUGGGAUUCCUUCAGGAGGGCAGGAGGGAUACAAAUUCAAUACAUAAAUAGUACUUGGGAUCAGGGCUGUCUUUAUCUGAGGGUGCAAGGGGUGCGGGGCACCCAGGUGCUGAAUUCUGGGGGGCGCCAGGCGCUCACCGCUGAAGCCACCUAAGCUCUUAACUAUCUGCUUGUUAUGAAAUAAUAAAUAAUUUUGAUCAAGCUAGAAAAACAAAAUACAUAUAUACCUAGGUAUUACCGAAAUGUAUACCUACUGUUUCACUAAAGGACUUUCGACUUUGUGUGCUCAUUUACCAAAGACGUCAGCGGCAGCGCUUGUCAUUCACAUUGCGCUGUGCACGCGAAAUUAACUCUUACAUCAAAAUAUUAUGUUACGUAUUGUAUUGAGCUGCUACGCGGCAGCGGGGUCAGUGGCAUCGUUGACACGACUGAUGUUUCUCCUAAGUAGUUGCCUAAACAUUACUUAUAAAUUAAAGUGUGGUGGUGUUGUAUACUUAAGUAUAAGUGUAUUGUAAAUAAAUGAGCAAAAAAAAAAGUUUGUUUCUUUUCCUCCCUUCUUUCGUAAACAGGAGAUAAGGCUUAAGCGUGGUGUCUGACAUAAACCUAAUAAAAGUUAAUUUGGGGGCUAAACUAAAUUUGGGGGCACUGGGCACAUCUUUGCACCCCGGCAGCUAAAGACAGCACUGCUUGGGAUUGUUUCCAGUUGUGUACAAUGAAAGUUAAGUGCUGAAGCUCAAAUAAUUAAAAAGGCUUACCUAUGCAUUUAACACUGAAAUCUUUGUUGAUUGUCUUGUUUUGUGCGUUACAAAUAUCUGUAACGUAAGGAGGGGGAGCACAUCUAUUUUAGAAGAAUAACAAUUGUACGUCUAUAUUUAUUUAUCUGAAUGGCUUGGGUGGAGGUAGCAAAAAAAGGAAGUACAAAAUGUGUUAAAUAUAACUAUGUUACAGAGAUGCUUCAUUGUAUCUAGGGAAAGUAACAGAUGGAGAAGAACACAAUGAUAUUUUGGUAACAAACGUCAAGACUUAUAAAACAUUUUGAAAUGAGAAAUGAAGAAAGAGCUAUUGAACUGGAGCCCAUUUAUCACAAAGGAGUUUUUAUUUAGUGUUCUAAAUAAGAAUUUAUGCCUUAAUUGUUUAAUGUAUAGCAACAAGCACUCAAGUUGUAGAUCUCUGAAUUAAUAGACAGGAAUGUAUUUGACAUAAUUCUGUGGACACAUAGAAGAACCAUAGAAUGUGGUUAUGAGUAGAAAAUCAAUUUCUUGAGAAUCUGCUUUUUAAAAUAAAAGACAUGUUUCUAGCCCUUAUGGAUGCAGAUAUAUGUGAGGAAUUGGAGUAGAGCUUUGUGAGAGCCUGUAACUAAAUACAGUGGUACCUUGGUUUACGAACUUAAUCUGCUCCAGAAGUCCAUUCUUAAACCAAAGCAUUCUUAAACCAAGGUGUGCUUUCCCAUAGCAGUGGAGGACUCAAUUUACAAAUGGAACACAUCAACAGGAAGCGAAACAUGUUCUUAUUCCAAUGCAAAGUUCACAAACCAAAACACCUACUUUGGGUUUGCAGCGUUCUUAAUCCAAGUUGUUCAUAAACUAAGCUAUUCUUAAACCAAGAUACCACUGUAUGCUUAAAAUAUGUCAGCAAUGCCUGCUGAAGUCUUGGGAGCAGUAAAGAUGGCUAAAUAAGAUUUUCAAUAGUUUGGAUAUGGGGAUUUGCCUGUUCUAAUUGUACUUUGCAAGUACUUUGGCCACAAUAUGUAGGACAGUUUCUCUCUCAUGAGUUCCUUCUUUUGGUGACUGGACCAGAUGCACUACUUUUCAUCAUCUUCCUCUGACCCUGCCUGCCCUCUCCUUUCUCUGAUAUAACAACUUUAGAUACAGCUUUGACCAAGCUGCUUCUAGAACCUGAAUAGCUUUCAAAAGAGUAUAAAAACAUGUAUUGUGCAUUCUGUAGGUACCCCAGACCUACACACUUCAGCAUCCUAUAUUGUUUUGUUUGGCUCAGAGGCACUGAAUUAAGAAAGGACAGGGAAGUGCCAUAUGGCAUGCUCUAAACCAUUUUUAGUAUGUGGGGUACAAUUCUAUUUUUGUACCAAAGCAAUCCUUUUGUAGUUAGUAUAUGAGAAUCCAGCCUACUAAUAUUGGCUAAAUAGCUCUUAAUUUGUUAUGAAAUCAAAUUGAUGGGUGCUGCACUGUAGUUUUUGAGAAAGAAAAUAAUUUAUUUCUAAUGGUGGGUGACGUUAUUGCAGAGCUUGUGCAAGUAUUCCCUCUGCCCAAUGUAUAGGUGUUUUUUUCUGUCUAAGAACAGCUAUCUUGUGUAUAUUACAUUCUUUUUCUGUCAUGCUUUAUCACUGUACUAAUUAUCUGCCCUAAUUCUUAAGUAGUUGCAUACAGCAAAUGGUAUGGUUUUAUUCUAACCAGAUUCCUUGGUGGCAAGGGAAAAGGAUAUCAAGAAUACUGUCAGCACACGAUAGGAUAAAUGAUAGUCACUAACAUUUUAUUUCUAAGUAGAUUGUCAGCAGAUGGUGGGAUGAGUCAUUGGCUAUUUGAUUAGAUAGUAAUAAUAUUGUCAUCAAAAAACUCACAUACAGUUAUUUACUACGUGGAAAUAUGUCAAAAAAAUUCAGCUCUAAAAAUGUUUUCCUUACAAAUACAUUCCAAGUUAAAAUAUGAGAUAUCUGUGAUUCAAGCUUUAUGCAAAAUGUUAUAUGUUAAAAGCAGGAUGUUAUAAGAAUGGUUUGUGUUUAUUAAACCAUGAAAUUUUAAAACUUUUAUCUGCUUAACUUUUAAUUACUUUUAUUUAAAGAAUGUUCUUGGGAAAUACAACUUCAAUACAGAACAAAGCAGUUAUGGUUAGAGUAUGCCAUUCAAAGUAUAUGCUCCCUUUCUAGUUAAAACAAAGCAAAGGGUUAAAGAACUAGUCAGCCAAGUAUCCAAGUUUAGAGAGUGGCAUGUUGUGUGGAGUAUUUUUGCAAAUGGCAUUACUCUGGGCUCAUCUAGUUCUCAUGGUUCCACCUUUAUCUGUCCUUUAGGAGGAGAGUUCUGGUCCGGGGGUUCUUCCAUAGGUGGUCUCUUGCACAUCCAGGCUCCAGAGAGUCCUCAAUGAGUUUGAGGACUUAAGAUUUUCAUAUCGAUUUUAACAUCUACCGUAGAUUCUGGCGUAUAAGGCGACUUUUUAAUCCCAGAAAAGAGGUUAAAAAGUCAGGGGUCGCCUUAUGGGUAUGGGUGGUGCAGAGCGGAGCCUGCCCCCGCCCCCCGCUGUUGCGGCAGUGGCUCCAAAGCAGCAGCAGCGGGCGGCGGGCUCCGCGCCGGGCGACUUUCUCCCGGUGCGGAGCUGCCCAGUGUAUUAGGCGACUGGGCUUAUAAGACAAAUCCCCAAAUUGCAGCUGCUAAUUUGGGGGGUCGUCUAAUAUGCCCAGUCGCCUAAUAUGCCAGAAUCUAUGGUACCUUUAGAGAGAAAAGUGUCUGCAUAUACUUUUUUAGGGUAGAACCUGCAUAAAAUUUGGUGUACCUAAUAACUCCACUUGUUACAUUUUUAGUGUAUAUGCACUAAUAUAAUAUGACAGACAAGCCAAUUUGGAAAGAGAGGUGUAUGAAUGUAAAAAUGUAAACGUGUCAACACUGUGUCAAUAUUAAAAAUGCGUGUUUGACUCUCAUAAUGUUUGAAGUAGCCCUAAAUUCCACUGAAUCAAUGGAACUUGUAUGUCACAGCAUUGAAUUGUUUUUUUCUAAUUGCAGAGCUUGGAAACGGGACCAAAAAAUGAUAUUUCACCAUUCAGCAGUUUCAUUUCAACCAUCAGCCAGAAACAAGAAGAUACUGGAAGUGGAAGCUCACCUACAGAAUUUGUUAUUGCAGAUAUAAAAAACGGUAAGAGAACAAAAGUUUCAUUAUUUAGCCAUUUGUGACUGCAGGAGCUACUUGGUGCACUGUUGUUAGUAGCUGUUUUGUUUUUUGUUUGUGUUGUGACAGAGCCUUGGUGCUUGCUAGUAGAGCUGUGUUCGUGCCAAGUACUCUAAAGUCAUAAUAAAUGACACAGCACAAUAAGAGCUAACAGUCUAACAAAUGCAAGUUAGAACAGAUAAAUAAGUCAGUAGGGAGUUUUAGGAUGAAAUAGCUACAAUGAGUGUAACAUUGACAGUGUGCACUUUGUGCAUGUAGUAAGCUUUUCAGUGGCAGUAAUCAUAGCCUGCUGCCUGCUUAGCUGUUUUUAAAUGUCAAGAUUUUUUUUCUAUUGGCAGUAUAGAAGAAGUGGGGUUGUUGAAAGAGCUUGAGUAAAGAUAGUUUGGAUGCUUUGGAAGGCCUUUUUUUGAAAAAGGGUGUAAGAAUACAGUGGUACCUCGGGUUACAUAUGCUUCAGGUUACAUACGCUUCAGGUUACACACUCCACUAAGCCAGAAAUAGUGCUUCAGGUUAAGAACUUUGCUUCAGGAUAAGAACAGAAAUCGGGCUCUGGUGGCGCGGCGGCAGCAGGAGGCCCCAUUAGCUAAAGUGGUGCUUCAGGUUAAGAACAGUUUCAGGUCAAGUACGGACCUCCGGAACGAAUUAAGUACUUAACCCGAGGUACCACUGUAGUCAGGGUUGAGUUGCCAUCAGAGGCAGACAGCAGCGGCAGAGGAAGCCACUUGGGUGCCCAUAGGGGCAGGGCACACCGUGGGGCCUCUGGAGUCUGCCUGCCUCCACCCACUCAGCCACCCUACAGCUGGGGGGGGGGGAGACAGCGGGCGGACCAUUUGGGCAGUGCAGAGCCGACGCGCGCCCAAGCCACCAUGUCACUCCCAGGAGAGACACGUGGCUCGGGCAUGCUGCAGGCCCCACGGUGAGUGCUGCCCGGCAUUUUGUCACCCUCCUCAGUGGUGACACCCAGGGUGGUCCACACCCACCUCCUUCCUCCGCCCCUGGCAGAGGGAACUGUUAAAUUUACAAUCAGAACAGUAUGGGUGAAUUUGACUGACAUUGGGGGCAAGUCUUUUUUUUUUUUUUUUAAUCCAACAGGAUCUGUACUGCUGGUUAAUUUUAAACACUAUAAGUAUUUGCUGUUGCUGGAUAGGACAGCUGAAAAAACUGCCACAGGAAUUGCAACUGUACCUAUGAUAACACAGGUUUUAUGACAGCUUUGCCCAUUUGAAUAUAUGCUAGAAUAUGGUUGGAAGGGUUUGGGUGUAGAGCAAAACUGGAAACUGACCCUUAGAAUUCUGAACUAGAAUUGUACCAUGUCACGUCGUGACAUUUGUAUCAGUCAUUGAAGAAAUGGCACUGUUUCAUACCCAUUCAUUUCCAGUUAAUGCUCUAAUAAUUUAGUCUCUCUUCUCUUAUCAGAAAUGCUUUGUUCAUCAGAUUUUUCAUUAACAUUCUUGCCUCUCAUACAUUGGUUAAGUGAUUUUUGCAUAAUGUAACCAAGCAACAUUCUCAAAACCAUUAUUCAGCAGUACAACGCUUUACAAAUCUUACCAUCGCUUAAACAGUUCCAAGUAUUUUUAGAACAGAGUUCAGGAAGUAUUUUAACUAUUUUUAUAAUCAAUAGUUUUCAGUGUAUAUAGUAUUCUUUAAGGUGCUGUUGUAAACUGCACGACUGGUACAGCUAUUUAAAGCUUCUUCAAAUUUUUACUAAUUAAUUUAGUAUGUUAUUGUUUGGUGCUUAUUUCUAGUUUGUUCAAAGAUAAUGCUAGAAAGGGUGUUGCUGUAUUUAAAAUCAGUGACACUGAUGUUCAGAAGCAUAAGGAUCAUGAAACAUAUUAUUUUAAGUCACAUGAACAAAACCUUUCUUUCCUUUUUAAAAUUAUAUUAUCCCACUGAGAUUAGUGAUUUAUUCAAACUUGUCAUAAACUCCCAUUUAAAUUGGUGUAGUAGAAGGUUUCUUUUACAUUCUUGGUCUUAGAAUAUGAAAUAUAGCUCCAGUUUGAAAGGAAUUUGAAUGUUACUGUGUGCCUCAGGUGCUGGAACUUCCUAAGUGUUAAUUCUAUGACUGGGUUUAGACAUAACACUAACCUAUGGUUUAACAUUAUGAGAACAAGCCUAAACUCAUUCACUCCUCUCUCCUCCUGUAUGGCCACAGGAAGGAUAUUGGGAGCUUUUGUUUCUGUGGCUUGUCAUUCUUUCAAAACUGGGACAAACUGUAAUUAGUCUUAACUAUGGUUUAGGGAGAAAAACCAGAAUCAAGAACCACAGUUUAUACAGUUCCUGGCUCAUGGAAAGUGCAUCUGAUAGUUUUUGGUGACUUCCUUUCCUCUUCAGCUCAUCCCUUCCCACCCCACCCCAUCCCAUUCAGACAGUCCCUUCCUGUUGGGCUCCUCUAGAUCCAAACAAAAUUUUAUAUAUAUAUGUAUAUUUUAUGACUUGCACAAAUGUAUGGGCAUGAGGUAUCACUGCAACCUAAUCCUAGCUAUGUUUAUGUGGAAUUUCAAUGGUAGUUCCUUUCAAAUAUGCAGGUAGGUUCAGGUAGACAUAGUCUCUAUAUUUUAGUUUACUUUUGAAUUAAUUAUUUUUAUAGUUGCAGUUUAUGAUUUUUUAAAACUUUUGCUUCUGAAUCAGCAAAAGAGCUUCCAUCCCUUGGCCACGAUGUUAGGCAAAAACAGCGCACCUCUGUAGAUAUACUUACAGCAGAAAUGAAAGUUUCAGUCCCACCAGAACAUCCUCUUCCCAUCCAAACAAAAACUCUAAUAGACUUCCGGUAAGUAGCAUUAUUUUGUGUAUAUGUACUGCUAAUAGAUUUAUUGAUAUGUUCUUUUUAAUUAUUCUAAUUAAAAAUUUAGAUGUUGUAUCCAGCAACCAAACAAAGCUUCUAAUAUUUAUACUAAACUCCCAAAUGGGUCAUCUUCUAUUGGAAAAUACAUAUUUUUUCAUACUCUAAUUUCCUGCAACUAUAUAACCUGUGAAUGCAUACCAAGGAAUAAAUAAUUCAGCUCAAAAAUUUCCUUUAAAUGAAUGUAUUUUUAACUGGAGGCAGAUGUAGGAGAUGUUAGGAGGGAGCAAAUAUGUUACAUGCCUUCCUCCCAGUUCCCAGGGAUUCCAGCAGCCACUUUGCUAGAGAAUCUUUGGGCCACAGCAGGUGAAGUAGGAAAUAAUCCCAUCUCAGACAUGACUGCCAGGGUGGCUGCUGCUGUCUCUCACAGCCUGGUGGUUGAUGGAGGUGGUGCUGGGGGUGGGGGUGGGGGAGCAAAGACAUUACAUGCCUUUCUCAAAUGUUACAACAUUAGGCAGAUACCUUGGGCACAUUGUGAUUGAAUGCUUCAUUUACUCAUGGAUUAGCUAUGUUUGGUCCCUGCUGUUGAUGCUACUUCCUCGACUGUGCUCCCUUUUGUGAUCAUGUGGCUUGUCCCAUCACAAUGGAUGGCACGUCUGGCACUCUGCCUCUGCUACUGACCCAUUAUGACCUUGCUUGGAUAGCAUGCAACUUAGGGACAGGAGGCCUGGCAUGCAUUCUCUGCUUCUGUGAUCUUGUUUCCUAGUGCAGAUGGUUCAUGAGGUAGCUGGCUGGCUCACCUGCUCAGUGGCUGUCUGCUGUGGCAUGCAACCUCUGCUGCUGUCUUGCUAAGGUGACAUGGCAUGGCACACAGUUGCCAUCUUGCUGCUACACAUGGAUUAUGUUCAGGUUGGAAUGAAAGGCCAGCUACAUUGCUGUGUUCCUGAAACGUCUUGUGCCAGGCUGGUGGGUAAAAGAGGAAGAAAUGGCAACCUGCUCCCAAGCACUCUGGAGUGAGCACUGGAGAAGAUGGAUCACUGCUUUGAGCAUAUCAAUUUGUACCUGAAGAACUAGCUUAGGUCUUUCAGUAGCUUAACUUUUAGCAUUUUUCUUUUUAAAGAACUGACCGUGUGUUGAAUCACAAGCUGCUUGUGAAAUUUCCCUUACUAAUAAAAGCAGCUUGCUAUGUGACAUGGGGAGCUUUUGUUCUAGCAAAACAGAGCUGCCUUGGAAUAUGUGGAAGAAGCUGUGCAUUUCUUUGGAUCUCAGCUCCUUAGUUCCUCAUUAUUUCAUGCCUAGCCCUAAUGGUCCAAAGUAUGUAAGGUUCUCUGCUUUUAACUGCAUUUAUGGGUGCUAUUUUUACAUGAAUGUAAUUACACCUAUUUGAAUGUAAUUUGGAUUUUUAAAAUUUAUGAAAAAGAAAUUAAAUACAACUAUGGGAUACAACCUAGUAUUUAUAUUUCUGGGUGUCUAAAAUGUAUUGAAAGCUGUUUGUGUAAAAUAUUCUGCUAGCUGUAUAAUUGGUUGCAUUUUGUGCUUUCUGUUUAGGGAAGACAUAGAAAAAGCUAAAUUAUCAGGAGACUGGAAAACAGUGUAUGAUUUUUAUUCAAAAACGUUUGAUUCUUUUCCAGAAAUCAAUACUGCGUUUAAGGUAAAAACCACCAUUAUCACCACAAACACAUCUUAAUUCGCUUAAACAUUAACUAGAAUAAUGCAAAUACAUGUUUUAUCUAAUAUAUAUAAUUAAAACAAAGCAACCAAACGUAGAAGCUAGAUAAAUUAAGGAAAAUGGCAUGUUUAAAAUCUAAUUUUGUAUAAGAAAAUAGUAAAACUGGCUUUUUAUAUUGGUACAUGAAACUGAUUGUUAGACCAUUUUCACAGUGAUUAGCAGUGUUAUACUGCAUUUUUCAUCUAUGACAAGAUUACAAACACAGCAAUCCAGGAAGAGUAAUAUAUAUGAAAAUAGCAUGUACGCUACACACAAGGUUGGAAAACUGUACCCACACCACUAGAUAGUGCUGUUACCAAUCUUUUGGGGCCUACAAGCACAAUUAGAAUCUGGAAUGUGUGUUGUGGAAACACAGCCUGCUCUGGUUGCUUCUCUUCCCCCACCCCUCCCUGGGUCACCCCACUCCAGAUAAACAACAAAGUUCACACACAAACCCUUUUUGCCUUUGAAUGUGAUCUGGGCAAAAGUUUAAUUCAUUAGAAUUAAAACAGUUCCUCUUGAAUUUGCAUGAUUUUACACAGGGUCUCCCAAAAAAUCCACUAUAAAAUUAAAGCUUAUAUUGAUACAGUAAAAAAAAAAAAAAAAAAAUCUGCCUCUGUCAAGCACUACAGAAAACUUUAGUGAAGGUGUUGCAGGCACAGAUUCUGACGGAUUUUUUAAGUAUUUCAUUAAACCUCAGAAAAAAACCAAAGCAGCCAACAAAUCACAGAAUCCAUCUGUAGACACAUGUGAUCAAUGAUCUGAUGGUGAUUUUCAGGGGAUCUCAUAGAAAAAUUAUGAUAAUCCAUGUAUUGGGUCCCUGUUUUUGUGACACAGCAACACUGGAAAGCACCAGAUUUGUAAUGGUUAUGCUUCAAUCAAUGGUGACAUCUGUGAUUUGACGGAUGUGGGCUUGGGGAAACCCAUGAAAAAUCAGGCAAAUUAAAAGUUAUCAAUUGUAUUAGAUGUGAUAUGAGUAUGUACCCAUGCCUUCUUUCAUUCUCACCCCCAUAGCUCUCCGAUUUUCCCCAGUGUCCCAGAUUGCGUCUCUUUUCUUUGUAUGCUUUCUAUGGUUUUGAAAGGCACAUAGAACUGAAGGUGGGAGUAGGAGAGAGCAUCACUCUCCCUACUUUAUAUAGUGUUUCAUGCACCCCAGUCUCCAAGUGGCAAGAGACUCCAGCGGUUCCUGCCCUUACCCAAGGUUUAGUUACCUUGGAAUGAAGGUCAAUGGAGACUGUAGUGUCUUUAGGGUAUAUGGUUUAUUUACACAUGUAUACAACCUGAGCAUAGGGUGGAAGGACUCUCAGCAUUCUCCAACAGAUCUUGCUUCCCUAUUAGGUUUCUAGGGAAGUCCCUCCAAAGCCAUAGCUUUGGUAUUCUGCCUACAGAAAAAGUCAAGCCUCUGUGUCUCCAGCAUCCAAGGCAGCUGAAAAACUCACACAUGUGCAGCCCCACUUGGCCUUUUGUUCUUUGUCCUAUGAUGACAUGGCAUCCAGCCAGGUGAGGUUGGAAAAAAAUCACCCAUUUGUCUCUAUGGCAACAGGGGUCACACUUUAAAAUGCUGAUGAUGGUAUUUAGCUGAGUGGGCUAAAGCCAUUAGCUUAAUAAAGAAGCUGGUCUGACUGGUUCUGCUAGAUGCAGAAUUACAGGCCUGGAAGUGGCCUAUGAAUAGAAUGACACACCCCCCCUAAUUCUGUAGCAAUACUUUUCAAGGGAGAAAAGUAACCACCCCAUCACCUCCAUGAAGAAGGGGGCAGUGAGCAGAUGAAGGCUCAGAGUCUUCACAGGUGCCAAAGGAAGUUGUCAAGGGAAUCAUUGAUGCUGUCAUGUCUGACAAUGCUAAUGAUCUGUUCCGCUGGUGUGGGAUUUAAUCUAAUCACACCUACCCUUUUACAGGCAAACUUCCAUUGCAUUUUUAAAAUGAAACAUGCUUGCAAGCAACCACCCAGUUUAAGUCUGGCCAGAUGUUAUGUUAGCAGAUUCUGUUAUCAGCAGCUGUCUCCACACAAGGGCAGUGCUGGUGGCAUUCCAGUGCAUUUAAAAAAGAAAGGACAAACUAUGGAUAUAAUGCCUUAAUCUUUAUGAACCUCAGUUCUUGGCUCCCAUUGGCUUAUUAUGGGAUAAGGGUCAUCUACUAAACGUGAGACAGAGGAAUCAAGGCAGUCUGUUUCAACAUCUGUCUUAUGCCCAUUAAAGCUAUUUUAAUUAAUUAAAGCAUUUCAGUACUAAUGGAAGCUAUAAAUACCAUACAUUUUUUAAAAAAAUCAAAUAAAGGGAUUGCAUAUGGAUAGUUUGUUAUACUGCUGUAGAACUUUAUCAAACUUUUGACACCAUGUUAGGGAGAAAAUACGACCAGAGGGGCAGGGCAUAGAGUAGUGGAUCCUUGCCACAUUCCCAGUUCUGCUGGCCAGGGCAGAGAGUUAUUAUUAUUUAUUUACAGCAUUUAUACCUUGCCCUUUAGCCAAAAAGCUCUCAGAGUGGCUUACAAAAACCAGUUCUAAGGUGGUCUAUUCCUUCAGUCUCACAGUUUAAAAAAAUAUGACACAUGAAGAAAAAGAAAUGGGAAGGUGGAGGGGAAAGCAGACUCAGUCAUAGCCAGUGUUGGUGGCAGCUCUGACUGUCUUGCUCUUGAUGAAGAGCAGAUCCAUCCCUGAAGCACCAAAUCAGAUCCAGGAGCACAGUUGGAUGACAAUGUCCAGGCCUGGAGGGCAGGCAGCUGCUGCCCCACAGUUCUUCCCUCAGCCGAUUUGAUGGCAGGAAGAAUAAUCAAAGGACUGGGCUUGAUGGAGUUACCUUCUUCGUCAAUGUCAGUGGUAGUGGAGGAAGGGCAGGUAAUUCUUUUUUGCUGUCAUCUCUCAGGCAGAAAGUGGGCCACCUUUGGAUCCAGAAGCACAAUCACCCAUUCACCCUUUCUUAAAACCUUGCAGCAGCAGAUUGCCCCUGCUUUAUACUAACUCCUGCCAGCAGUGUGGAUUAAAGGUUAGGAUCUCUCUCAUACAGCCAACAUGGCAUUGGCCAUGUAGCUUGUAACAUGGCUAUGAGCUGGCAUAGCACCAGCAAUUUGAUGUGGUUUCCAGGAGAAGGGUUGUGUCAGUGUAGUAAGGUGUGCCGUUUGUAUCGGAAUGCAAAGAAUUAAUGAAAAUAUCCAUUUUAAAUGUUAAUCGUUUUAUAUUGUUUUAUAAAUGAUGCUAUUACAGAAUGUGCAUUUGUAAUGCAAGUUUGAAAAUACCUCUGGCAUAACAAAUCUCAUGAAACAGCUCUUUAAUAUAUUUUCACAAUUUGCAGAAAAAUAUUGAUGCCCCUUUUAAUUCCAUUGAAGACUGUGGAGUUGAUGCUAAGUUUGUGAAUGCUGUUUAUGAUGCCUUACUAAGUUCAGUAAGUAAAAUGAUAGUGUAUUUUUUCCACAUUUUGUACAUUGAAUAUACAGUUGUGUUCAUGUACAAAUUGUAGUUUUUAUAAUAUACGACAAACUUUUAGUUCAAAUAUAAUCCGUGUUUUCCAUACCCUGAAUAAAAAAUGCUUAUGUUAGUCUAAAUGUGUAGCAUAAACAAUGGAGCAGCAGUAUACACCUCUUUCUUGUCCUUGUGUCCCAGCCUCUGUGCUUUUACCUUAAAUCAAACAUAGUUGAUGGGCAUAGGGUACUAUCUGCAUUCACCAAUAAUGUGCCAACCAUUCACCACCAGAUAGCAGAAGGGGUAAAAGCUGCCUGUUGUUGCCAGUCAUGUGAUAGCAAAUACAUGGGAGACCAGAAACUACAAUCAGAGCUAUAUUACCCAAUGGUACGGUAGACAAACAUGUCUCUGAUAAUCCCUGUUGGAAAGAGAUAUAAAGACAUGGAAACAAAAGAGAUAGUUUGAUGGGGUUCAUAUAAGAAAAAUAGGAAUUAUCAACUUAGAAGAGAGACUACCAACAGGAGAUUUAAGCAAUAAAUUGAUAAAUGGCUUGAAAAUACUGAGAUUUUUUCCCCCUGAAUUUUAAAAUAAUGACUUGUGUUUUAUUGUAAGAAUGGAAACUAAUUUUGACAAGAGCAUUGUCCAACCACAGGACUAUAAUGAUAUCUGUAGAAUUUGCUUCUGUGAUUAAAUGCUGGUUGUGGUUUUUCUCUCUCUUUCUUCAUUUGUUCUAGCCUCAAGAUAUCCAGAAGUGUGUCCUUAAGGGAAUAAUUAAUGGUUUAUUACAGGAAUGGAAGGGGUAAUUAUAACUUCUCUAUACGUUUAAAUUGUGCAAGUCAUUUAGAGUUUCUGCUGAGAUGGAAUUUUGGAAAAUUAGUAACUUGUAGCCCAAACAUCAAAGUCCUAGGUUGAGCAUCUUCAUUUAGGUUUUGUCAACAAGAACUCUUUUGCCAGAUGCGUACAAUAUAUAAGAGGGCAGAAAAAGGUUUGUAAAUUGUAGGACUGAAAAGGCAUAACAUGCUGCCAUAAGAAUAUACUGUCAUAUUUCUUUGUACUAUCCAUAUGUAUAUAAUAGAAGAAUGAAGUGACCCAUUUAAAACAAGAGUCCAUAGUUUUUUAUAUCAUUUUUAUAGUGCUAUGCUAGAUUCCAGGAUACUGUUACUGACCUCAAUAUUCUUUGGAUUCUCCAUCCAAACAAUCAUACAUACAAUUAUUUUUUUUUAAAUGCCUAAAUAAACUAGGUGAAGCUUAAAAAUAAAAACUUGGACAUAAAGAACAACAAAACAAGCCCCUCAAAUGAAGAUUCCAAUGAGAAAUUAAACUAUAUCAGCAAAUUUUGUUCUGUUCUGUGUGGACUUAAUUGAGAUUGAGGAUAUCCUUCCAUUACAGAAUGGUGUAUUAUCACAAUUUAAAUAUUAAAAACAGAGGAAGAGCUCUGCUAGAUCAGACCAAAGGUCCAUCUUGUACAGCAUCCAGCUUCCUAAAGGAACCAGUCACAUGUUUUACAUGCCUAAUGACUCAAUGGGAAUGAAAUUAGCUUUAUACUAGUCCAGGGGCUGUUGGUGUGCUUGGCCUCAGACAGAUGCCUCAAAUGCCCCCAGGACUCAACAAAGCAGAAACAGAUACCAGUGUCAACUCACACCCAUUAGAAAGUGUGUUAUACUUGGCAUCAUUAUCAAAUCCUUCAGUCCCUUAAGGCACAUCUUCUUGGGUUUGCCCCCUUGUUUCCCACAACAUAGAUUCUCAUUUGCCAUUUUGCCACCCAUUCACACUGUAUGGAGAGAUCCUUUUGGGGCUCUUCUUUAAUUUGGUGUGAUCUUCAGACUGCACACCAUAACUCAAGAAAGUUAACAAAUGUUAAAUGGUACCACUCUCAAUACAUACCCCACCUUGACGAUUCUGGGUGAGAUUCAAUUAAGUUGUUGCACAAGCAAAAUGAGGUCCACUUAGGCAAAGGGACAUUCCUCCCUCUCCUUCCUCCCCACAUCCCCUCCUUGCACCCCCUAAAUCUGCUCUGAAGUGUUGGGGGAAACCCCAGAAGAUGUUUAGGAUGAGCAGACAUGGGGGAGAUCCCAUUGCACAAGCAGACUUGUUCUGCUUGCACAUAUCCCACUUAACCUUAUGUUGAAUUGCAUCCUCUAUUUCUUUUUGAGAACUGCUGUUUAUUACUACCCUCUGCUUCUUCUUUUGAUGUUAAUGUUUGUCAGUAAGCCCUGACACCCUGUUUGAUUUGGUUCUUUAGACACUGUCCUUGAAAACAAUCUUUCACAUAUCUGGCCUACAUUUUUUGCUGUGAAGAAAGAUUCAAAGAAUUCAUUGGGCAUUAGAUUUAUUCCUGUUCUCUCAUGGCCUUUUGAGCUACAGUUUCCAAACUGAUUAUAAACGGUACUAUUUUCAAGCAAGCAUGAAUAGUAACUGAAAGCUCACAGAAAUGGGUACAAAAUAUUUUCCUUAAGCAAGAAAUCUCCAUUUGCAUUUUUUGCACAGAACUUUUAAGUUAUGAAUCUGCACACUUGUAGAUAGGUUUGUUCCAAAUAUAGGUCAUAAUGGAGAGAACAACACAACUAUCUUCGGGACUUGUGUUUCUCAAACAGCAACCUGUUAUGCUUUAUGUUAGCAUAUAAUUAAAUGCAAGCAAUGCUGCAUCUUCUAAAGAGUUCUUCAUAUGUAACUAAUUGGAACAUUUUUUUCCUUAAUUUUGCUGAUAUAGUAAAACUUUAACAGUUUAGAAGUCAUAUUCUAGAAGUUGUAGGCUACUCUAUACACUUAAAUGCGGAAAGACUACAUAGUUUUUGUGUAUGUGCUUGCUUGCAUGUAUACAUCCUGACAGGUGAAAAAGGAGUUGGAAUUGCAUGUUAAAUAAAUUUAUGGCAUGCACACAUGCUGAAAUGGUAUGUUUCAUUCUAGGACCGUUUAUUUGCUUUCAGGCCACGGACAAAAGAUGAUCUUAGAGCAUAUUUUGUACUAAUACAGGUAGGAAAAGAACCCUUUAUUUAUUACCAAGGAAUAAGUGCACCAUUGAAGCCCUUCUGUUGACGUUCAUUUUGUUCUAUGCUAUUUUGACUUGCUCAGAAUUGUUCCUGUGUGGCUCUUUGUAUGUUUGCAGUGCUCACGCACAAUGCGUGGCACAGCAAUAGUGAGGAACAAGAGACCCAAGGAAACACAAACCAAGUUAAUUUUGCUAUUUGAAAAGGCAUAUCAGCACACCUGCUUGUAAUGGUAUUUGUAAGUGGGUAGGCAUAGAAUUUUAUUGCUUGAAUUAGCACAUUGGUGUCCUAGUGAGUGAAAUUUAUUUACAAGUAACCAUUUCUUCCUAUAUACAUAAAAAUGUUAGGCAGUUAUUUCACUGCCAUUAGAGGAUUUGUAGUGCCUCAUCACAAACCUGGAUUUGCAGGAAGUCAGAAUGCAGCCCUCAUUUUAAGCAGAUUUUAUAUGUGUCUAUUGUUUUAACUCUAUCAAUGUUUAAUUUUAUUUUAAUGGUUGAUUUUUCUAUGUUUUUAACAGUUAUUGUUUUAUCUGUAAGUUGCCUUGAGUCCCAUCAGAGGAAAAGGCAGGGUAUAAAUAAAUAUAUAACAAUAAUACUUGGAGGAUUUGUAGUGCUUUAUCACAAGCCUGGAUUUGCAUGGGGUAGGGGAGUAAAAGAGAAGGCAGGUUGCACAACACCAGUCACCAUGGCAUGGGAGAGGGAAGGGAGGGAUACUGACAAGGAAAAACAGCAGCAGAACUUCCUGUAAAACAGGGGUGGUGGGAACAAAGAGAAAAAUAAAAGUUUUAAACAACCGCAGAGGUUGAGUAAAACAUGGAUGGAGACAAACUUAGAGAAGAAACGAGACAAUUUUAACAAUAGCCGAUGUUUGAGAAGAGUGAGCAGGGGUAACAUGGGGGAAAGUGGCUGUUGAAAGCAGUGUUUGAGUACAGUGAGAAGGGAGUUGGGAAAGUCUUGAUCUGUUAUCUUUUUGAUGUUAGUUUCUGUGUUGUGCCCAUCUCUGCUGUUUGUUAAAGCUGGUUUGUCCCCCCCCCCCAUUCCUGCUUUACUCAAUCUUCAGCCAUUGUUUAAAACCACAAUUUUCAUCUCUGUUUUCUUUCACCCCAGCUUUACUAAAACUUCUGCUGUUGAAUGAAUUCAGCAAGCAGAGUGAAACACUGAAAGAGGGGGAAAUGGCACAUUUUAAACGACUCCCUCUUCCAUUCAGCUGCCUCAUGUGAGAGAGAUAAAGGAUGUGGAACCCUCAAAUAUUCCAUAGUACCUUCCCACAGUCAUAUAUUUCACUCCUGCUACCAUGUGUUGUCUUCAACAUGACGUUCCAGAUUUAGUGCCAUCAUUCAUAAGAGAUACUUGUUAGUACAGUAUUUAUUCUGCAUGACUACACUGAAUCUGGAACUUCAUGUUGUACACCCAUAUAUGUACAACAUCCAUCAAGUGAACUUAACAUUUUCUAACUGAAUAAACUAAUGGACAAACUUGCUCUUAAGUUUCUAUUAAUAUUAAAGAUAAAGUACCAUAUAUGAACAUGACGUGUGUGCAAAGGAAAGAGGAUGUGGCAUAAAAAUGGGGUUGGUAUGCGUACAGGUGGAGAGAAGGAGAUGGGAAAAAGGGGGGUAAAUGUGAUAAUGGGGUAUGUGUGCAAAGCAGGCUGCACAAUAGGAGAGAGGAAAAGGCAUGAAAAUGGGUGAGAUGUGUGCAAGGUAGAGUUGAGAAGAGUGAGGAGGAGGGUGGAGGAAAAGGGAAAGUGAAGAGCUGAGUGUCUUGAGGGUGCUGAUGGCAUCUUGACCUCAAACUUCUAAUGACCGCUCCCAACAGCUUCAUGUCAAUUAAAUUUGUGUUGAUUAAACGGCAUUAGGGAUAGAAUAGUGCCCUGUGGCACAUCAUAGCAUAACUUCCAGGGAGCUGAAAAGCACUCUCCCAGUGCUACUGUAUGGACUCAGUCUCAUUUGUAGGCCCCAAAACGCUGUAAUACAGUGCCCCCAAUUCCCAUAUUGCACUCCCCUUAUCCCUCUCUGUAAUUGUCAUCCACCAGAGUAAUUUAGGCCAGCACAGUGCCAUUACCAGCUCAGAACCAAGACUGGAACAGGUCUAAAAAAAUCCAUAUUAUCCAAGAAUGGUUGCAGCUGCCCCAUCAUAAUUCUUUCUGUCACUUUCCCCAUGAAAUAGGUUUUUAUGAUUGGUCAAUAGUCCUUCCUGGCCAAGGGUUCCAGGACUGGUUUCUUUAGGAGAGGCCCCACCACUGCCUCUUUCAAGGCAGCAACGAGCACCCACGCACACAAUGAAACAUUAGCCACACUGGACGCAUUCAGUCAAACCAGCAUGCUAGCUGCAUAACGAUGCUUUGAUAUAUUUUAUUUUAUGGUGGUAUAAAAAUACUUUUAUGAAUAAAGAAAUAGAAGCAAUCAUUUCUUACUAUGGUGAUUUUUGUAAUAGUAUAAAAAUAAAUUACAACCAAAAUACUAACAAAGUGUUUUUAAUCUUUUACAGAAUCCUCUAUUUAGUACCACGUCAACAUUUGUUAUUUAUGCUCACUUGCUAAGACAGAUUGCUGCCUUAACAGAAGGCGAUCAUCACUUCCUAACUCACUGGUUUAAAAAGUAAAUCAUUCUCUAUUGUUUACAAUUGGAAAGUGUGUGCUUCCAUUGCUAAUGGGAUUUUAUUGUAAUAUGUUAGUUCUGAUUAGGUCAGCUCUUUAAUUUUUUUUAAAAAAACCUUUAAAACCUACUGGCAGUCAAUGGAACAUGGUUCAGUAUUUGUAGCAACUAUAAAAUACACAAAUUAUACUAUAUUUUUCUAUGCCUAAUCUACUCCAAAGUUCCAUCUGAUACCUACUAACAGACUAGAACUGGCCCACAGAAAAAGUUAACAGUUCUGCUAACUAUUCUCCAUACCACUUUAGUACAGUUCAAUAGAAAUUUGUCAGCUAUUAAAUACUUUUCAUUAAAAGCUAUGAGUUCCACUAACAUUCUACAGUUUGCUUUCUAUCAUAAAAAUGACUUCAGCAUAUUUCUUAUAGGAUAUCACAGAAGAGAUUCAAGCAAGUGCUAGACCGGCUGCUACAGUUUAUUUCUCUACGACUCUUUCCUGCAAAGCCUGAAGAAUUGCCUCCUCUGGAAAAGUGUUCUUGGUGGAUUCCAUCAGCAGCCAAAGUGUUGUCUUUAUUUAGUAGGUUUCCACAGAUUCAAUUAGUUUGUGUUCCUUCUUCUAAUACGAUGCUUUUCUUAUAUAAUGUGUGGUGUUUUUGCCAACCAGGCAGUAAAACUAGUGAUGUGCAGUCAAUUACCUGUCUAUUAGGACAAAUCUAUGUUUUACAUAGAUGUCUCUGGCCUUUCUCGCAAAAGUGGCCCAGUCAUCUGUGGCAGGACUCCCUUGUGCCAGCAGCAGCAGCAGCAGCAGCAGCUCUGGCAUCCCUGAACCCAUUAAUCACACACCCUUUGAAGUUGGAUAGAAACUUUCCCAUUGGAACUGUCUUUUCACAUCCCUCACAGAAGGUGCACUUGUUGUUAACAUUCUAUUGCUAACACCUUCCAUCUGAACAAAAAUUGGGAACUUUACAUGAUAAUGGUAGCAGGUCAGCUAAGGGCUUGGAAAAUUUACAGACUGCCAAUGCUUAGCCAAUUGUAUAGAAUACAUCUGAAAUAAAAAAUGAAUGUCAGCAUAGGUAAAUCACUUCUAUUACUGCAGUGAUUUAAUUUUCUGGUUGUUGUUUAAGAAUAUAGAACUGAAAACUGCAUUAAUCUUUGUGUAGACAUCUUGUUCUACAAAUAAGUUUUUAAAUCUAAUGCACAGAUAUUAAAACUUCAGGGGGGAAAGAGCUAAACGAAUGGCACCCAGUUACUUAUUUUUUUCCAGCAAUCAUGAUUUUACUUCCAUAGGUGAAGAUUUUUUCAGGGAUUGACUGGCCGUUUACUGUAUAUUUUACUUAUUUUUGUUGUUUUUUUAUAAAAAGUCUAAUUUCAUUUCUCUAAAGAAAGCUGGUUGUCAUUUCUGAAAACUCAUAUUUAAAUAUAUCUUUAUAGAUACUUCAAAUAGUCUAGCUAAUCCUUCUAUUGUUCCAUAUAUGGAUUUUUAUAAUUCUACACUGGAUCAUAUUGAUCUCAUGGAAGAAUAUCAUAAUUGGCAAUGCUAUGGAAAUUCUCAAAGGUAAGAAUUUUUUAAGAGUUUAGUACCAUGGUCAAAAGGUUACUAAAUGUCAUGGGUUGUGUGUUAUCAACCACUGACUGUAUUUUUGUUGCAAUAUUUUCAGGGUUUCCAUUUUUACUAAAAUGAACCAUUCUGUCCAUUUUAGAGUGGCUGGAGAAACCCAGCCAGAUGGGGUAUAAAUAUAUCAUCAUCAUCCUCAUCCUCAUCUAUAGUGGUCAUCCUAUCACUUUUAAUUAAAGAUAUUUUAAAAACAAUGGUUUUUCAAAAACUAUUGUCUUCCAAUAAUUUAUAGGUAAUGUUAGGUUAUCAAACUCGUGUACAUUAGACAAAAACUUUUCAUUUCCCCCCGAUUUUAAUGUGCAGUUCUUCACCCAUUUAUGACUCAGAUGUUUUCUGAGUAGCUAGUAUUGUACUUUUCAGAGAUACUUUUCAGCAAUGUGUAUGCCCAUUCACAGCAGCUUUUCAGAAGACCUCAGACAGUUCUGUUCUUCAUCAUUGUUCAUCUUAAUGUGGACUGCCUUGAAGCAUUAAGAUCAAUGUGCAACAGAUUGCAAACACUGAAUUCUUAUUAGGGCAACGAAGUCCUAUAUUUUGCAUGCUGAGGCUGACAAUACUUCAUUUCAGUGGCUGGGCUAAUGCAACCAGCAUGUUGCAUUUCUAUUCCAUGGCUAAUAUUAUUUGUUGCUCCUGUAUUUCAUACAUAUUGCUUUCAUGUUGUUAAUAAAUGUUUUUCUUUUUUAAUUCAAAAUAUCAGUUAUGCUCUGCUAAUCUGCUUAUGCUUCCUUUUGCCUUCUUCAACAAACUGUCCACACAAACAAAAGUGUGUUCAUAGCUAAUAGUUUGGGAAAUCAUAGCUUUACUAGUUUUUGGAGAAACAGCUGUUUGGUACAUUGUCCGACUUAUGGUUUUCCAAUUCCAUGUUUCACGAAUAACAGGAAUAUAGGGGUAGGGUUGCAGUUUGAAUCAAUAUUGUGGCAACAACCUGGGUGGAUGGGUUUUCAGUUUUUCUGGGAUGGCAGGAGGUAAGAUUCAGAUUGAUCUGCCACAAGAGAGGAUUCCUCAAAAAGCUGGUCUUGUUCCCUCCCCCCAAAAGACAGCAGGACUUAAUCCAAGCUACAGCUCAGCACUUUAAAGCAGGGCUGGAGGACCUGUGGCCUCCAUAUUUUGACAUGGUGGUCUUGAUAUGGGUGGUUGUUAGGCAGUCCCUUAUUGCCUUGCUUUAGGACUUUUGUUUGUUGUAUUUGGCUACUCUAAUUCAUAGUGUUUAAUAUAAUCACUUUGAAAGUAAUAUAAUUAAUGUUUCUCUGUCUGUUUCAGGUUUUCCUUCUGUCAAUAUCCAUUUAUUAUUUCUAUAGCAGCAAAAAAGGUUAUUAUUCAAAAAGAUUCUGAACAACAAAUGAUAAAUAUUGCACGGGUAAGUAUGUUUUUUUAUUAAAAUAUAUAAUGUAUUAAAACAGGUUCAUAAAUAUGCCCACAAAUGUUACUAGGCUACCAAAAAAUUCAGUAGUCCCCUGGGUGCUGAUCGAGGAGAGAGUCGGAGCUCCAUCUCCCCUGAUGCAACUUGCUGCAUUUUUAUUCUGGACAUGGAGAAGGCUUCCACCCUCUGACAAGUUACUUUGUUUCUAUGCUGGGUGCAGAGGAGGGUCAGAGCUUUCCCUCCCUUCUCCAUAGGGUGCCAACUUGAAUAAAAUAUGGGGAGGGCCAGGUAAGCACCGCCCCACAUAAUCGAUCACAUGACGUGACACACGUACACCAUUUGAAUGGCAAUGCCCAUCAACUUUGGGGGAGCCCAGCCCCCUCAAAUAUUUUAGGGGGGCGCAAAGGAACUUCAACCCCUAGGAGUUGGCUCCUAUGCUUCUCCACCAGCCCACUCACUCACCUACAUAGAAUUCCAUGCACUUGUUUAUGGCUACGAGGCUAAUGCUUUAAUUCAAAGCUGUAUUAAAAUCAGUAUAAUGAAUAUUCUAUAUUAUUGGGCAGUGACUAUGAGAAACAUUAGAAUUUGCAGGAUUGCCCAAUCUAAAAUUGGCAUUGGAAAACACUGUUCUCUUAUUCUAAGUAUUGCAUAGUUUAUUCUGCAAUAUUUUGUAUAAACCACAGUGUUUCAGAAAGGAGUUUCAUUAGUUCAGAGUCCUACAUAAGACAUAGAUGAUAAUAUACUGUAGUUAAUUCUUUUGUUUUCUGUCUUGAAUUCUAAACAGCAAAGCCUUGUGGACAAAGUCUCGCGGAGGCAGAGGCCUGACAUGAACAUGUUGUUUCUAAAUGUGAAAGUGAGGAGAAUGCACCUAGUUAGUGAUUCACUAGAUGAGGUAUACAGAAUUAUUUCUAUAUUGAUUCUUGAAAGAUGCCUCUAAGCUGCACAUGCAUAUAAUCUACCUGAAGGUACUUGUCUGGUUUCAUAACCUGGUGUGUAAUCCAGUAUUAAAUCAUUUUCCCAUUUCAGUGGUAAAGGGAAACUCUGGUUUCAGCAAAUCUUCAGCUCUGGCAUUCAAGUGAAGGUUGUAGGGGAGGGGCGGGAAGGGGAGGGGAAAGUGCAUGUUCUUUUCAACCAUUAUAUUGACGUUUAUCUCUGCCAAAUGAUCUUAUGCUGCUUUUAUAGAUCACACAUUGUUACUGCUUUUAAGUUGUAUUACAAAAAUUGUUUUUUAUAUUUUGUUUCUGUUUACGGGCAGAGUAGAAGUAGUUUAAAUAAAUAACUAAAUCAUAAAACAUGUUUGCAGUUUUGCAAAACAUUGGCAAGAGCUUCUUUUUAAUUCAGUGCAUAGGGCCUGACUCAGAAAUGAUGACCGUACUGUGCAAUCAGCUGUGACAAAUGUUUUAAUACACUAUCACUGCAGCCAGGCAGUGGCAAAAAAAUCUUACGUAUACCAACCACUUACAGUGGUACCUCGGUUUACAUACGCUUCAGGUUACAUACACUUCAGGUUACAGACUCCGCUAACCCAGAAAUAGUACCUCGGGUUAAGAAUUUUGCUUCAGGAUGAGAACAAAAAUCACGCGGCGGUGGUGCGGCAGCAGCAGGAGGCUCCAUUAGCUAAAGUCGUGCUUCAGGUUAAGAACAGUUUCAGGUUAAGAACGGACCUCCGGAACAAAUUAAGUACCUAACCAGAGAUACCACUGUAUUUCCAUUUGGAGAUUAUAUAGUGAACAAGAGAAACAACAAGAGAAACAAUAUGAAACAAUAUGAAAAUGUACACAUUCUGUUCCUGCCUUCACUCUCUUACACUUCUAAGGAAAAACUGUCACAAUGCUGUUCCCAUAGCAUUCAGAUAUUAUCAAAGGAUUCAGCAUAGGAAGAAAAUGCAGUUCCACAUUCAUGGACUAUUGAUUCCUCAAAGACUAAUAAGAUGUGUUUAUGAUGUCUGAGUUAAAUAAUAAACUGAUUUCACAUGUUAAAUAAAAGGUAUAACAUUAAAAUGUUUUUUUAUGUUUCUUUUUACUAAUUUAUAUAUGUGUGCUUUUAAACAGCUGACAAGGAAAAGAGCAGAUUUGAAAAAGAAAUUGAAAGUUACAUUUGUAGGAGAAGCUGGUCUUGACAUGGGUGGCCUAACAAAAGAAUGGUUUCUUCUUCUAAUUCGACAAAUUUUUCAUCCAGACUAUGGUGAGUGUUUAAACUGAAGCUCUUCUAUCACUUCCACAAGUCAGACAAGAAUUAAGAAUUGCAAAGCGGAGAGGAUUUUUAUUUAAAUUAACUCCUCAACUUUGUGCCAAGAAUUCAUUGGUACCAACUUACUCAUCUGGGACCUGAUAGAUCUAUGCUUCCAGUAUGAACCAGCCUGCAUACUUAAGCCCUGUUUCACAUUUCCCUACUGUGGAAAAUGUGGAGGAUGAAAAUGCAGGAAAAACUAUUUUCAGUGGUUGUAAUGAAGCUAUGGUAUUUCUCUUUAUUAGUAUUCCGAUUAUGAGUAAGAAUGGUUUAUUACAUAGGGAGUUGGAAUCUACUGAAUUAUUGAGGGUUUUUUUUGAAAAAAAUAUUCUUUUUUGUCAUUCAGUUUAUAUUAAUAAUGUAUAAACCUGUAUGGCUUUAUUUCUGUUUUAUUGGAUGUUGCUGAUAUUGUUGUUCUUUGUAAUCAUUUUGUAACCCACUUAUGGACCUGUCUGGGUCAAAAAAGAGCUCUCAUAGAAAUUAAAUUAGUAUGUUGCUGAUAGCUUCAUGGUUUGUUACAUUUAUAGCACUCUUUUUUCCAUUUCAACUUCCAGCUUAAAUUUUCAUAAUGAUGAAAAGUAAUUAUAUGAAAGGGAAAGACAGUAUCUGAAAUGGGCAGAGAAAUUUGUUUUAAGGAAUUUGCUUUCUAACGCCCUGACAACACAGUCAAUUCAAGCAAACAUUUCAAUAAAUUUGGAAGCAGAAUCCGGUUAAAGAUGCAUACUUCUAAGUCUAUUUGAAAUCAACAGGGCUUCAAGAAUUCUUGAUCAUGGCAAGAUCACACUGUAUUUGGGGCACAGGUGAUAGAAUUUUAAUACAAAAAAUAUUUGUUCUAUUCGACAGGCAUGUUUACAUAUCACAAGGACUCUCACUGUCAUUGGUUUAGCAGCUUGAACUGUGAUAAUUACUCUGAAUUCCGAUUGGUUGGUGCUGUAUCCUUUCCUGUCCACUAGAAGGUGCUGUGUACACAGCAGAUUAACCAUGUCACAAAUAUUUGAACUGUUAAAUGAAUUGUUGUUUUUCCUUUCGUAGCAAAUCAUUAAAGUUUUCUUAUAUUGUUUAUGUACAGUGGAUGUUAACAUAUAUUUUUGUGACUAAAGAACGAGAGAGAGAACUGCAGUUUGCUUCCAAAAGGCUCAGCUAAACCAGCUGUUGCUUACUUCAAAUCAAAUGGCAGAUUGCAAGGCUGAAUUUAUUAAAUAGCCAUACUUUGUGUAGACUAUACAUUAUAUCUUAUAAUUUUGCAUUCAGUUUUUACAAGUCCUCUUUAAAUGUUUCUGUUCACACACAACUCAAACUGUACUGUGAUACCUUAUGACAAUAGUAUGAUUUUCAGCUUAACAUCCAGCACCUAGCUAAUGGGACUAGCUGUCUAUAACAGUAUCACACUGGAUAUUCGAUUUCCACUAUGCUGCUACAAAAAGCUACUUAGUCCUCCCAUUGUACCAUGUGAUCAGAAUGCACCUGUAGGAAUUGGUAGCGUUACUAUUGAUGACCUAUGUCGGGUAAUGCCGGUAGGUAUAAAACAAUGCUUUAAAAGAACACUUGCAAAUAGUAAUUCUUGUGUUAUUAUUUCCUUGGGUUUCCUAAGCUUCCAGCCACAGUCUAUAUUCUUUAACACCGAUUUUCACUCUGCAUUUUCAGACUGCAUUUACAUAGUGGCAAUACAGUUUAUAUUCUGCAAGCAUAGACAAAUUCCAGGUUGCUAUUAGAAAUUUCACACAUUGAGGCCCAUGUUAUGAUGCUAGGAAAUAUAUACCAGUGGUGAGGGAUGAUAUUUAAAACUACUGCUUAUGUCUUAUAGUAGCUUUAUGCUUGUCACAAGUGGGCCAUGUGACUUUUUAAUCAUAAGCUAAAGUUGCAAUUUAGACUUCAGCCAUGCUUGGAAGGUUUGCAGUUGAGAGCCAAAUGACACCUUAUUUGUGAUAUACCAUUGUUGUUCACUGUGAGAACAAGAUGCUGGACUAGAUGGGCCAUUGGCCUGAUCCAGCAGGCUCUUCUUAGGUUUUUAAGCUAUUGUGUUUUAAAGUGGAAAGCAGCAAUUCAUACAUAUAGUAUACAGUAUGAUCAGUAUGAUCAGGUGAAAAGGAGGACAUCUUAUAUACUACAAACGUUACAUUUUUUUCUGCUUGCAGGAAUUGGCUCAUGGACUAAAUGAACUUCUUUCCUAUGAAGGGAAUGUUGAAGAAGACUUUUAUUCAACCUUCCAGGUAUAAUAGAAAAGCAUUUAUUAUAAAACAGAAAAGGUAGCCUAUAUCCUAUUUCUAACAAUAUCAAAAUUAUACUGAAAAUUCGCUUUACAAAAUAGUUCUGAAAAUUAGUAACUUCAUGUAAAAUAGACAUCUGACAUGUAAAAUACCAGCAUGUGCUUUUACAGCACAUGAUCUUCAUCAUUCUUUCUUAAUGGAUAGCCAUAUAGUGGGUUAUAUUCCUGCCCAGGAAUAGCAAAUUAAUUUAUUGUAGCCCUCAGCAGCUUGGAAUACACGGUCCUCCUGUCAUCUGCAUUCUAUUUAUCUGCCUCUGUAACUCAUGUGGUUACUGAAGCUCUUCCUUUCUCAUUUUUCCCAUUAUGGUAGGGGACUGAGGUUUGGGAUUGUGAUAGCAGGUAGAAAGAAAGAAAGAAAAUACAUCCAUUUUCCUUUUUUACAGUGGGCGUCCAAGUGAAGUGUAGUAUUUGCCCUCUAGUGCUCAGGACAUAUACUAUUCCCAGAAGCAAUGGGCGUUUUCCCCCAAUCUUACUGAUGAGCCAUCCCAAGCUUUCCUUAACUGGGAUCCAGGUAGCGCUUUAAUUGUGCAGUUAUGUGUGUGCAUUGAAUGAAAGCCCCCGCUAGGACUAUUGUAUACAUACAGCUGUUGUAUAUAGGGGUUUUCUAUUUCAUACUCACCCUGCCUUUCCUUCAAGGAGACAAUGGACACAAUACUCCCCUCCAAGCCUGCGUAGUAAGUUAGGCUGAGAGAUACUGAGUAGCCCCAAAAUACCCAGUGAGCUUCAUAACUGAGUGAUUAUUCAAACCAGGAUCUCCUAAGUCCUAGACUGGCACACUAACCACUGUAGCACACUGAUGCUGUUAUUUCUAAUCAGGUAUUUCAAGAAGAAUUUGGAGUCAUAAAAUGUUACAACCUAAAGCCUGAUGGUGAUAAAAUCGCAGUUACAAAUCAGAAUAGAAAAGGUAAUUUGAUUUCAUAAUUAAACUUGCGAAUAUUAAGGUGAUUUUCUUAAUUUUAGCUGGUUUGUAAAAACACAUCAGGUUAUAAUAUAGUAACUCUGCAUAUUUUUAGUGUGGUGCAGUUUAAGAUACAGGGCAAUAAAUGUUAAUAAUUAAUGUGUGGCAAAAGAAAUGAAAACUCCUUUCUUUUCAGAGUACGUUCAACUUUAUGUAGACUUCCUUCUCAACAAAUCAAUCUACAAACAGUUUGCAGCAUUUUAUUAUGGAUUUCAUAGUGUCUGUGCUUCAUAUGCAUUAAUGGUAAGAAUAAAAAGCAAAAAGUAUUUGGAAAAUGUACUAAACAAAAGUUUGAAGAAUUUAUUAUAUUCUCUAGAGAUUGUGUAAUAUGUGCAUGGAGUUUGCCCAUGAAUAAUACUGUAGAAAUUAUAAACUUGAAGUGCCUUUGUGCCACAAAAUACUAGGUAGUGAAGAUAUAUAAUGCCUUAUGCUAUUGAGUAAUUACUAGUUAAUAGUUUCAAGACAUCAAAGCAUCUAAUAUAUGAAGAGGUUUUGUGAGCUCAUUGAGUUUCCACAUUGUUUCUGUACCAGCAGACUUCCUCCCCCACACAUCUAAAUUCCAACUCACUAUAGAAGUGAAUCAUUCAGCUCAGACAUAGAAAACCCAUGCUAAAUGGGUGCAAUAAGCACCUCAGAAAUAGGGAAGGAUAUAUAUGCAAUAAAUAAAAGGAUCAUUGUUGAAUGAUCGACAAUGUGCAGGUGCUUUUCUUUUUUCUUGCUUUGUACAGGAAAGUAACAGUGGGUUUAGUGACACCUUAGUAAUAUACCUUAACUCACAAGCUGAUCAAUUUGUUCAGUCAAUCUGGACAUGAUUUAAGUUCAUAACAAUAAAUGGGACUAAAUUAAUUUAAAUCCACUGCUUAACUAUUUAACUAGUUUGUGUGAUCUAGUUUUCAAAUUCAAUAAUUUGGCAGCUGCUUCGUCCUGAGGAGGUUGAAAUUCUAGUUUGUGGAAGUCCUGAACUGGAUAUGCAUUCUCUUCAGAAGCACACGCAAUAUGACGGUUACCAGAAAACUGAUCUUACUGUCCGGUAGACAUAUUUUCCCCCUUGAUUCUUAAUGCUAAUUUCUAUAGAAUUCCAAUAAAAAUCAAUUGUCAAUGGGGACUGAAACUGGGUUUUACGCCUAUUGUAGGUAUUUCUGGGAAGUAGUACUUGAAUUUCCUCUUGAACUUCAAAAGAAGCUCCUGCAUUUUGCUACAGGAAGUGACAGAGUACCUGUAGGAGGAAUGGCCGACCUGAAUUUCAAGAUUUCAAAGAGUGAAGCAUCCACAAAUUGGUAACUGUUUCCGUUUUCAUUAUUCUGACUUUAAAUACAUUGAGGGGCAUAUGGGAACAAACCUUCUCAUUGGUGGCCAUGCACUUGUGGAACUGGGUUCCUGUUUUUAUUCUGAUUAUAAUGGUUGUACUGGGCAGGCCAUUUUUUUUAAUGUACUGGCAAUUUUAAUGUUAUUGUUUUAAAUUGUGUAUGCAUUAUUUGCUUUAGUUUAUAUAUUUUGGUUUACCAUCUUGUGAGGAAAUCAUUCUGAAAUGUGGAAUAUAAGUAUCUUAAAUAGAUAACUUUGUUUCAUUAAUGUAUCAUUUUGUUAUGUUAGUUGCAUAGCUUUUUAAAAACCAGAGUUCCUUUAUAAUAAACUUAUUCCCCCUAGAUUUAAAGCUGUGAGCAAACACAAUUGGUUUAACUCGUGUAAGCCAAAUACCCAGAUAACCUUUUGAAGGUUGGCUUGCUGAAGACUAUAUCCUAACACUGUUUAUUUAAAUAGGCCAGCUUUAUAGGCCAUAGUUUUCAGCUGACUUGUUCUGAAACUUAGCAGUUUAUUUGAAACAGGAUCCCAUAAUGCUAAGUAAGCUGAGAUUCUACAAAAGUGACACUAAACUCUGCCGAAGACCUCCCAGCUGUGUGGGAAGAGAAAGAAGAAGGAAACGUGCAAGUCCAGUUCUUUGCUCAGGCUCAUUCAUGCUUGUCCAUAGAGCACUAAAACAGGGUUGGGGAGCCUCUGACCCACAGGCCAAGUUAGGGCUGCCAGGCCUCCCUUUUGGCCUGUGAGGCCAUUUUGGCCAAGCCAUUCCCAUCUGCCCUACAAGUGAAAACAGGUACAAACUUGGCUCAGUCAAAAGGGGGUUUGCAGGUACCAUCAGUCAGCCUGAUUGUGAGUACCUGCAAUGCCCAAAGGGCUUCACAAGGUAGCACUUUGAAAGGGGCUUCUAAAGACCCCUGUGUCCAUGGUGAUGUCAAGUGACCUUUUUAUUGCCAUCAGGUGAUUAAAAGGUGGGUGGCUCUGCCUGCCCAUCAGUCUUGGCCCACAACAGGUGGGAAUGAUAAUGAUCUGGACCGCUGGCCAAAUCCAGUACCCCACCCCUGCACUAAACCUUGGCUUAGCAUUACGGCCAUUGGGAGAGUACAUGGAUUGCAUCAGAAUGAUGGCUUAGUACUAUGUUCCCACCUGUGGUCUAGGCUAUUCUAGAUUCCACACUCAGUGGCUAUAAAGGUACAGUGGUCCCUCGGGUUACAGACGCUUCAGGUUACAGACUCCGCUAACCCAGAAAUAGUACCUCGGGUUAAGAACUUUACUUCAGGAUGAGAACAGAAAUCGGGUGGUGACGGCACGGCAGCAGCAGGAGGCCCCAUUAGCUAAAGUGGUACCUCAGGUGAAGAACAGCUUCAGGUUAAGAACGGACCUCCAGAACGAAUUAAGUUCUUAACCCAAGGUACCACUGUACUUUACCCUGUGCUGCUUCAUCGACUGGAGCUGAAUUAGGAAAUUUCUUAAACCGGGGUAACCAAAAAGCACACACACGGCCUGACAACUUACCUAAGUCUGUCCAACUUUUUAACUCAUUAAAAAUAUGGGAUAUUUGCAAGUUCUAUCCCAAAUUUGGCAUAAACCAUCCAUACACUUACCUCUCCUACACUGUCAAGUUACAAAUAAGUGCAUUGAACCAUUUUCUAACUAUGAGCCAUAUAAAAUAUACCUCUCACCCUAAUUCUCAUUAUAAUAGCAGACUGUGAUUCAAGUGACACACUCCUAACAUUGGGCUGCAGCUAUAAUUGUGUGGCCCAAUUAUAUUGGCUUUCAGUUCCUCAUGUGUGGCAGUCCCUUUGACUAGAAUACCUGUUUCUUAAUUUAAGUGCAGAGAGCUACUUUGUGUGAAUUCCUUUCAGCAAAAACUAGUCCCUCUACUAAAAAGAAUGGGAUCUGACUCCCUCCCAGCACUUACAUACAUAUUUGCACACAUGGAACAGUGGAUUGUAGCAACAGUUAAAUUUAGUCAGUUGAGUUAUUUCUUACUAAAAAUGUGUAUGUUCUCUCACAAUAUUUUUAGGUUACCUGUUGCCCACACUUGCUUCAAUCAGCUCUGCCUGCCUCCUUACAAGACCAAAAAAGAGCUGAAACAGAAGUUGACAAUUGGAAUUUCAAAUGCAGAAGGCUUUGGUUUAGAAUAAGAACACUUGAAAAGUAUAGCCAAUGUAGCACUCGCUUUCCUCUGACUGUGCCUUUAAAGCUUUUCAUUUUGCUUUUAAUUCUAUAACAGUCUUACCUUGAACGGUGUAGAAUUGUUGGUUUGUUUUUUAAAGAAAAAGUGCACUCUUUUCUGUAUAGAAAUAUACUCUCUUGCUGGAAAACAAUUUUGUACAGUAUUCAUGUUUAUUUGUUUUUACAAUACUCGAUAGAGGAAAGAUGUCAGGACUGUCAGAUCUGAGGAUGUAUAUAUUUGCCUUCGUCUAAAUGAAACUGUCUCUUACUGUCUUCACAAAGGGAGGUGACUUAAGAAAGUCAGCCUCUGUCUCCUCAGGUUGUACAAGCUACAGGCAAAAGCUACAGACUACUUCACUGUUGGUUUAGCUUAUGGAUAUUCCCCAGGGAAGUACAGCAAAUAAUAUAUAUUUUAAAAUACUUUUAUAUUGUAAGUCACCUCAAGACUAAUUUUAGUAGUAGGCAUCUAAGAAAUUAAAUGGGGGGGGGGAUCUUGAUUAAUUAAACCUGAUGAAAGGUGAUCUCCAAACAGUACACACAAUAUAGCAGAGCUUAUAGCUGCCAUUGACCUGAGGCAUGUGGUGAGGCAAAUAACAGUUUUAAGGUAGAGCAAAUAUAGUAUUAAUAUAUAUUGUUAAUAUUUGGGCUUUCAUUCUCAAGAAAUGAACUAUUUUAAAAGCAUGUAAAUAAUUGCCUGUAGGCCAAUAUGAUUUUGAUAGUGCAAUAUAAAGCUAAAGAUUUAUUUUUACAAAUUUUAGGGUUUCAGAUGUUAUAUAUUAAGCCUUUAUAGAUUAACAGAGCUGAUUGUACAGGAAUGUAAAAGCUGCUGUUUUAAAUUUAUCUAGAUUCUUGGACCAACUUUAAGUAGUAAAUCAAUUGCAUGAUUGUGAUAUUAAGCUAGACAGUUUGGCUGUUAGUGUACUUUUGUAAUUGUCAUUUUAAGAAAAGGAAAUUUAAUGUAUAAUAGUACAUUUGAAUUUAUUUGAUGGUAAACAAGUCACCUCUCAAAGCAAUGGAAGGUGUAAUUUUGAUAUUUUAAAAUUAUACAUCUUUUCAUUAUGAAUUUCAUACUGUCUUUUACACAAGGUUUAAAAUAAACUGAGCAAAUUUUUAUACAGUUAUGAAUGUUAUAAAAUUGUAUCAGAUAUUCUAGCUUUUAUUUAUCUCAAUGCCACAAGAAAUGGAGAUGACAACUAGCCUAGAUGUUGAUAAAAAACAGAUUAGACAGACUUAUCAAUGACACAUCUAUCAAUGGCUAUGCUGUGAGAGAUAAAUGGAUCCUCUGUUUCCAUAGACACCAUAGGGCUGAUUACCAGCGGCUGCCAAAUACUACUGGAAAAGAACUGUUGCCUUCAUUUUUUGCAGGUAUCUGGAUAACAACUGUUGAAACCAGGAUGCUGGACUUGAUGGAUAUGUGGUUUGAUCCAGCCAUGUUUCUUCCUUCCCUUCUAGGAGAGAUUUAGACCAGAUAACCCUCAGUGAGCAUAUGGGGCUUCUCUGCAUUCAGGCUGCCUCAUUUACAUCCAUAGUAGGAAGUGAGCCCUUCUGCAUUAAUUAUAUAAAAAAACUGGAGCUCUGAGUGUUUGGUCCAUGGAAAACUGAUUCGUUAGUAUUACUUUAAAGUUAAAGGCUUCCCCCCCUAGCCCAUAUCCAAUAAAUGAAGCACUAAUAUUCUGCAUUCCAGAAGCAUUUAUCAACAACCAUAUAGGCUUCUAGGGACACAGUUAAUAUGACACUGGGGGAAGUUUUGAAAGGAACCAGCUCACAGGCCACAUAUCAGGGUUUUUUACUGUGGACUGCUGCCCUGCCUAGUAGACCAAAAGAGUCAUACAGCUUCUGCUUGAGUUUCCUGGCUCCCUUCCAGUACCCACUUAAAAGCCAGUAUAUGUUGGUUUUAAUUUGAGUCAUUACCUCUCCUGGUGAGAGUGAAGAGCUAAAAGAUACAGUACAAGGGAAUGGCAAGGUCAGAUACUUAAAUGUUAUAGCAGAUCUCUAUCCAUUAAAAGUGCUGGUCUCGUGACUGUAACUGAUGAACUCGGUUUCAAAAAAUGAAAGUCUUACAGAAUAGACUGAAGAGUCUUACCACAGACAAUUCUGGAGCAGUGCCUUGGACAAACAGAUUAAAGGGAAUGAUAUGGGGAACAUAAAUCAAUCAGUAGCACAUGAGUCUCUUAGUCUCAGGGUCAUGGGGCCGAGCCCCACAGUGGGCAAAAUAUUCCUGCAUUGCAGGGUGUUGGACUAGUUGAUGCUUGUAGUUCCUUUCAAUUCUGUGAUUCUAGAGACAACUCCGCCAUUAGGAAAAGGGGGGACUUUGAGUGUCAUGAAAGGGCAGCAAAGAGUUAAAUCUAUUAUAAACUGUUGCUGCUAUCAGCAAGGGUGAAGAGGGGCUUUUGGGAGUGGAGAUUCUGCCUCUGGUGCCAAAAUAAUGUGAUUGGCCAUGGAUGCAAUGCAUUGUCCAGUGAGAUGGGAGGAUUAGCUGCUCCAGUUCAGACAGAAAGAUCUCUUAGGCUAGCCCUGCUCAUUUCAAGAAUAAAUGGAAUCGCUGCCUUUCUGGCAAUUCUCUACUCACUGACUAAACACCAACCCUUGAAUCAGGAAGCAUGACCUAUUCAUAAACCCCUAUGCUCUAGAUACUCCUUCAAAUAGAAUCCAGUCAAAUAUUAAUUUAAUUCCAACUUGUUUAUUAUAUUUGUAUCCCAUGCUUCCUCCAAGCAGCUGCACAUUGUUCCUCUCAACUUCAGAACAAACUAGUGAAAUAGGAUGAGCAAUUGUAAUUAGCAUUGCUGCUUAACACAGAACUUUGUUUAUCUAAUAUGUCUAGUUAGCUGGAAGUUCAGAAAUAUUUCUUGAGGGUUCUUUCUUUAGGAAAGGCUGGAUAGGAAUGGGUUAAAGCACCUCAGAGUUAAGGGAAAUGCACUCCCCAAAGGCACAAAGAAAAAUCACUGUGAUAUCCAAAAGGUUUUCUUGAAACUGACCUUUGGACUAAAUCAAAACCAAAUGGACAAAUAGUUUCCAUGCCCGGGACAAAAAAUGUAUAUAUAUGUAAGUUUCAGCUAUGAAGAACAAGUUCCAUAACUGGCAGUGAGAGAUACCCAUCUAUGCUAAUGUUAUUCGCUUGAUGGAUUAUGACCACUGUCUAAAUUAGGGAAGAACCUAAUAUGAAAUAAAACAAGGCAACAAAAGAAAAGGAAGGGUGACAGAACAAGUACAGUGUAAGACACAGCUUAAAUUAGAAUUGUUUUGAGAUUAAUUCAUUUUUAAAGAAAUGAAAGCAAAUCUACUUUAUGCUUUGGUACUCCAAUAUUGUAAGGGGAGAUGGUGCGUGAGUACAGAAGUCUAGAGCCCACCAUGUCAAGGUGGAAAGUCGCUGCCAAAUGGACUGUUGUCACACUGUCUAUGCCCAGUUGUUACUGCCUUUCCAGAGUUAAAUGCUAGAAAACAUUAGAAUGGAAAGUCUUUGGCACAAGUUUCCAUUCAAUUUUAAUACAGGUUUGUCAUUAGUUUGCUGCCCAGAUUGAGAACUUGAUUUGAAGGCUCUAAAUCAAUUUCUGGCUUCUCAAACCCUUCCUGAGCAGGUUAAUUUCCCCAGAUUUGCAAGCUGAUACACUGGACAUCUAUUUGCUCUCAGGUUCUAGUUCAUUCCUCCUGGGACUCCACCAGGAAGCCAGUGGGUUCCUGAGUGGCAUAUUCAUUCUCAGAAAGCUGCAGUCAAGUCCAGAGCUACCCGCUAAUGUUUUGACAGUUCUGUUGCCACUCCACUGCUUCAAAUAUUCUGUAUCAAAAACUGUACAUAUUUCAAGAACUUUUCAGGCCUGUUAACCUAUUUUAGAUUGGAGGGUGAUAAUCUGUUUUCUAUCAAAUCAAUUGAAUAAAAAUACUCCACUGCUACACAGAU